CCUAAAUUUCCUAAAUUUCCUAAUUUUCCUAAUUUUCCUAAAUUUCCUAAAUUUCCAAAAUUUACCAAUUUAUGUAAAUUUGUGAGAUAUGUUAACUUUAAAAUUUUUCUCUAAUUUUUCCCUCAAUGACUUCACUUCUUUAUAACUUCACUUCCAAAUUGUAACUUCUCAUUGUAACAUUAACAAAUUAUAACUUCAUUUUUUUGUAACGUUUCAUUGUAACAUUAACAAAUUAUAACAUUCCAUUGUAAAAUUUUAUUGUAAAAUUAUUUAGUGUUGAGUUUGUUCGGGAUGAAAGUUGUGAAUAUUUCGAGUCAUGGGUGACGGCACGAACCCUUUUCGUAAGACUGAGUUCUACUCUGACUGGUCUGGAUACUCACAGCCGCAGUCAGAUCCCAACUAUCGCCCUGAAUCCUACUCCAACCCCGAACACAUCAAAUUCGUACCCUAUGACAAUUAUACUCACACUCACUCCAACCCACACUUUCACAAUUCUCAAUCCAACUCACACUAUCCCAAUUCUGGCACAUUUAGUCAGACAAACUCUCAAGGGUAUAGUCAGAGUUCUAAUGGGUAUAAUCAGGGUUCUAAUGCGUAUGGUCAGAGUUCUAAUGGGUAUGGACAGGGUUCACAGUAUGUACCAAAUUCACACAAUUACUCUAAACCCAGCACUCACUACGUAUCCUCACACUGUAUACCGUCACACACUGUAACCUCUAAUAAUAUAAGCUCCAAUAGUAUACAAUCACAUGGUGUGAGCUCUAGUAACAAUAGUGUACAGUUGAAUAAUAUGAAGAAUGUCCAGUAUGGUCAGGUUGGUCAUGUGGUGGGUUCUGUGGAUGGUGUGAGUUUACCUUACCAAGGUCAAGUGCUUGAUGGUACAAAUUCGUUUAAUCGUCAAAACAGUGAACCCAUCCCCGUACAAUAUCAAGAUAAUGUAAGAUAUUCGUUCCCCAAGGGUAAUUCAGGGUCUACAGUGGCUCCUGGUAACUCAGGGUCUACAGUGGCUCCUGGUAACUCAGUAAACGGCCCGUAUUACCAGAGGAAUAUCCCGGGAUAUAAGAACGAACCUGACGUGUAUUACCCAAAUUAUAUGUACUAUAACGGACAAAUGGCCAGUAGGCCCAGUACAGACUCCAGAGAACUUAACAGAGAUUUAACUAGAGAUUUGUCCAGAGAUUUGUCCAGGGAUUUACCGAGAGAAUUAACCAGAGAACUGAACAGGGAUAUCCCUAGAGAUUUGCCCAGAGAUAUCCCUAGGGACUUAACUAGACCCGAGAUACCUCGUGACUUACCGAGGAGCGAGUUAUAUUUUUCGAGGAAUUAUGAGAAUUUGGCGAACAAGAACUUUUUUAACGCGUCACUGUCGUUUAAGGAGGCGGCGACUGCGAUGUUGUCAAUGGACGCCAAGAAGUCACACUCACGUCAGAGGACACCGUCACGAGGUAGACCCACAGCCAGAGGCUUAGGGAAACUACAGAAACCAGAAAAUACUCAAACCACCUCAAGACCUGAGCAAUCUAUCUCAAGAGCUGAGCAAUCUGGUCCAAGGGAUCCCAACUCGUACCAGAGAUUUCCAAAUACCAAACCCAUUUACCACCAAAAUUAUAACAAUACCGAUCCAUACACACUUUAUAAAGAUACCAAUAGGGUUGGAGAUGUCAACAGAGAUACUAACAGGGUUGGAGAUGUCACUAGGGGAGAUGUGACUGGUAGGUCAGAUCCCAGAGUAGAUCCCAGUAGAUUGGCAGAUCCCAGGAUCGUACCUAUGAACCGUACAGAUAUUACUAGAGGUGACGUUCCCGUAGUUGGUAGAGGUGACGUUCCCGUAGUUGGUAGAGAAGUACCAGGGGUUGUUAGAGAAGUACCGGGAGUUGUUAGAGUAGAUAAGGACCCGGUGUAUAAUUAUUACAUGAUAAAUAGUAAGAUUAAUAGCCCUGAAUAUGCCAAGUACAGGAACCGCGGGUUACAGCAGUUGUCCCAGUAUAACUUAAUGUCACAGUACAGUCAGCAACAUGGAAUUGGCAACUACAUGUCCAACCUCAACAACUUCAAUCACAUUCCCAAUGUUCACAAUGUUCACAAUCCUCACACCGUUAAUCUCCACGGUGUCAAUCAUCACGGAGUUCCUGGAGUUAAUCACCCUGGAGUACAUGGAAUAAAUCAUGGAGUUCCUGGAGUUAAUCAUGGAGUUAGCAAUUUUACGGGUGUGAGAGGAUUUAAGAAGGUUCCAGUGUCGGGACAGAGAUUUGUGCCGGUUCCUAAAUCUGUCCCGGUGAGGACAGAGAAACACCACGUGAUCGAGGAAAUCCAAGCGGACAACGACCACAUGAAUAAUCUCAAAACCAACGCCAUCUCAUCCGCAUCCUCAAUCAUGGAAUCAUUCCAACACUCACUAUCCAAUAAACGCAAACGUGUGAAGAACUGUUUGGUUGAGGACUGUAGGAAUGUGAUUGGUGAGCAGCCGAAGAUAGAUGUGCAGUAUUCGAGUGUUGAGGUGGACGGUCGCAGGAAGUACCUUUUAUCCGAAAUUCUGUCAUCGCUUUUACCCUAUCACACGUUCUACCAUGAACAGCUGGACCCGCCCAGAUCCACCAAAUUCGACUACUCCGAAAUCAGAAACCAAAUCCAACAAGUACAAACACUACUCGACAACAUCAACAACAACGAACACAUCUUCAAUCAAUCCGUAUUUUCGUGUGUGAAGGAGUCGUUGGUGGCGUGUAACGAAUUUGCACUUGGGCCGAGGAACGUGGAAUCCAAUACAUCUCCAUAACACCCACACCACAACACAAAUUAAUCUACCACAUAUAUUUUUCUAAUUCAUAU